UAUUAAUGUCAAAAGAGUCCGCACUUAUAAAGUGUCACGUGUUCAAUAUUCUAAAAAUUUCAAAGCCAGCAAAGGGAUCUACAUCAAGUAUUAAACUAUCAUACAAAUACAAUAACAAACAAAGCCUUAUCUUUGUCACGUUCCGUAUGGUUUACUACAAUUAUCUUCCACCUCUGUCAUCCCCAUUUCUGGUCAGAAACAUUUAACUCUCAACUCAACUUGCUUGUCUUUAAGUUCAGACCAUUCUCUCUUUCACUAGUUUCUUUAUCUUUGUGACUGUAAGAACUCUCUGUCAAUGGCUGCCAAGUUUCAGGAUCAGCCAUUGACUCUACCUCUUAUCAUAUCCGAAGAGCAAGAAAAUAUUAAAUAUAAGCUUGGAAAUGUCGAGUCAAAUUAUAGUUUUAUUAACAAAGGAACAACCUCUUCUUUCAAGACUAUAAUCAACGGACUAAAUGCCUUAUCAGGAGUUGGGAUUCUGUCAACACCCUAUGCAUUAGCUUCAGGAGGAUGGUUGAGCUUGAUUCUUCUAUUUAUCAUAGCAAUUUCAGCUUUUUACUCUGGUAUAUUGAUUAAAAGAUGCAUGGAAGCCGAUUCAAAUAUCAGAACUUAUCCUGACAUAGGCGAACGGGCAUUUGGCGGAAAAGGGAGAUUAUUGAUAUCUAUUUUUAUGUACGUAGAGCUUUAUUUAGUCGCGACGGGUUUCUUGAUUCUUGAAGGCGAUAAUCUGCAGAAUUUGUUCCCAAAUGUGGAUAUUGAGGUUAUUUCAGGUUUGCAUAUUGGUGGGAAACGGAGUUUUGUUGUUCUUAUUGCUCUGAUGAUCUUGCCGACUGUUUGGUUAGAUAAUUUGAGUUUUCUGUCUUAUAUUUCUGCUAGUGGAGUUUUAGCGUCGGCUAUAAUACUUGUUUCGAUUUUCUGCACCGGAGCAUUUGACGGAGUUGGGUUUCUUCAGAAGGGGGAAGUAGUAAAUUGGCAUGGAAUUCCUACUGCUGUUAGCUUGUAUGGGUUCUGUUAUUGUGCGCAUCCUGUUUUUCCGAUGCUUUACAGUUCCAUGAAAAAGAAGCAUCAGUUUUCCCAUGUUCUAGUAAUUUGCUUCAUUAUAUGUACAUUCAGCUAUGCAUUAAUGGCAAUCAUUGGUUACAAGAUGUUCGGAUCAGAUGUCGAAUCACAAGUAACAUUAAACCUUCCGACCGGAAAGUUAAGCUCAAGAAUAGCAAUAUAUACAACUUUGGUUAAUCCAAUAGCAAAAUAUGCACUAAUGGUCACACCAAUAGUGAAUGCAACAAAGAAUUGGUUUCCAUGGUCCUGUAACAAGAAACCUUUCAAUCUUCUGAUGAGUACGAGUUUAUUGAUCAGUACUGUAAUUGUAGCUUUGGCUGUUCCGUUCUUCGGCUAUCUCAUGUCGCUGGUCGGAGCUUUUUUAAGCAUUACCGCUUCGAUCAUACUUCCUUGUUUAUGUUACUUGAAGAUUUCGGGCAAUCUCAGGAGAUUCGGGUGCGAAGUGGUGGUUAUAUGGGGAAUGAUAUUACUUGGUGUUAUGGUUGUUAUUUUUGGUACAUACACUUCUCUCUUGCAAAUUGUAGGGCAUCUGUAAUCAGCAGCGGAACCAGAAAAUGAAAGGGGUGAUAAAAGAGAAAUAACGGAUGGUGACUCGAGAAAGGAGACGGGUUGAGAUGAUUAAAAGAAACAAAUACUGGAAGGGCAGGAGGACAACUGGUGACUACGGCCGUCUAUUCUGCCCCUUGAUUAUGCUUGUGCUUGUAAUGACAAUUGAUGAUAUGAUAAUUUGUGUAUUUCUGUGGUAAUUCAAGAAGUAUAAAUUAAGUGAAGAUAUAGGUCUAAA